GUGUAUUAUAGAUCAGUUACUCAUUGUCACACAAGCUUUGUGCAUCCGCCCAUCGGUCAUAUAUUCAUACGCCUUACCUGUAAUUGUAUUGAUUGUGUUUGUAUAUAAAUCGUAAAUUGAAGUAAUAUCAAUAUUCUAGAAAUUUGUUGUUAAGCUUAAAAGUUGUAAUGGCAAGAUUAGUCGAAAUAAGUAGCGUUUUCUUGAUUAUUUUGGGAAUUUUAUUUCCAUCAUCAGCAGCAGAUGAGGGGAAUGGAACCAUCUCUGGCGCAGGUGUAUAUGUUAAAGUAUUGGGUCAGUCUGGGAAAAUUAUGAUGAGCCGGUCAGAGAAUAUCGAAUCUGAUGAAAAUAGGGUAACAGUAGAAAUGGACGAAAUUAAAGAAACUGAUAUGAGCGGGAACCCAGUCGGAGCAGGUGGUGCUCCAGCAACGAAACAUAGCUUCAACACCUUUGCCAAUCAACAAUUCGAGUAUAGUGAAGUUGGAGAUGGAGAAUUUGAAAAUAUUUCAGCCAAGACUUUCAAUUUUUCUGCUUCUAUAGCUAAUGGGGCGAAACUUGUUGUUGACGUGUAUAUUUUUACCGAAAAUGGAACUUAUAGUCUAAAUGGAGAAAACACGACAGUUUCAGAAGGAACUGUCAAAUUUAAUAUUUUCAUUGAAAAUUGGAAAUUUUGUGGAGACGGCGUUACAUGUAAUAAGGGAUCGAAAACUGAAAUUGGGAAAUAUGUAGACUUUGCAAUUGCCAUUAAAGGAAAAGGAGCAGCUCCGCAAAAGAAAACUGGUGGCGGGAAAAAGACCACAGCAGAAGAGUACGAUCUUGGAAGUGGCACCAGUGUGGUCAUAUCAGACAAGGUUCAAUAUGAUGGUGAUGGCGACUGGGUACCUACACCGACUGGAUAUCCUAAACUGGAACAAAAAGGUUCAAAAACACUUUUUGUCUUCCGUUUUGACAAAUUUUCAAAGAGUGUAUUGUACGACCCACAAGUUGAUUUAGGAAAGUCACCUGAUACCCCUGAAACGCCCACAAUGGAAAAGGAAACCAACGCAGAAGGCGUUUGGGUCAAAGUUUUAGGAAAGUCGGGUAAAAUUCAAGUCGGAAAUAGGCAGAACCCAUCACAAGACCCGAACAGAAUUACUAUAGAAUUUUCUGAACUUAAAGAAAAGAAAACAGAUGGUAGCGACAUAAAAGACAAUAAGCACAGAUUUAACAAUUUUGCUGUCACAGACUUUCAGUUCUCACCACCAAUGGACGCAGAAUUCAUGAAUCUGACAGUGAAAAAAUUCACAUUCAACGCAACUUUGAAUGAAGAAGGUGCUAUGCUAGAAACGGAAGUGCUCAUAUUUCGCGAAGACGGCGAAAUAACUCUUGGGAACGAAACUACGAUGGUAAAAAAAGGAAAUAUGAAAUUUAGCACAACAAUAAAAGACUGGAAGUUUUGUGGACAGGGCGGUACAACGUGCUCUUCAAGCGAGGUAGGCGAAUUCUUAGACUUUGGAAUGAGUAUUAAAGGCAAAGGUGCUCCGAAGAAAAAACCAAAUAGCGAUAAAGGAAAUGCUGAAGAAUAUGACCUUGGUGAAGACAGUUCAGUUGUUAUGUCCAGAAAGGUCAAAUACAACACUGAUGAUUGGACAACAAUGGCAUCUGGAUAUCCAAUGGUUGUGACGCAGGGCAGUAAACAAAUAUUUUACAUUCGUCUAAACAAGUUCACAGGGACAGCUUACUAUGACCCAACAGUUAUAUACAACACCGAUGGAACUAAUGGCAGCACCCGUAAUUCUGUGUCAUUAUUCGCGUGUUUUGUGUCAGUUUUUAUUUGUGUAUUUUUGUUUUAAAUAUCAUAAAUGACUAAGCUGUUUAUAAUUGGUAUUGUGGAAAUUGAAUGACAACGACCUUUGACAGUUUUCAUAAGCCCAAGUUUGACCGUUUUACAGAAUUAACGUCGCUGCAUAAUCAGUAUAGUGGCCUUUGUCAUUUUAUAGAAAAUACAAACGUAAGAUUCCGUAUUGUUCUUGACAUACGUUUGAUUGUUCUGCGUAUGUAUGUGUACGUUUUAGAUAAAACUAUAAUACGAUGGCCUGUGGGCCUUGUCAUUGCGCGAAAAUUUUACUGACUACAGAAUCGUCAUAUAUUUUGUAUUUAUCAUAUUUUAAGAAUGAUGCUAUUGUCCUUUCAUUUAAAAAAACAAACUUUCACAUAUGUAAGGCAUGCUCCGGUAGGCAAGACAAAUCUUUUAUAAAACCAUGCCAGACAACCUACGCGAUACAUAGAGGCACUACUUAACUUUCCGAAUCAGUUUGAAUCACCAGUCAUCUUGAAAUAUUUUUCUAUGUUCUCACCUUAUCGUUUGAAUUGUUCCAAGAUUUUAUACUUGUUACAAACAGUCACUCCAAGUAAUAUAACAGAUGACAAGUUUAAUUCGUAAUGAUACGUUGGUUAAUGUCUAUUCCAUGUCAAUAUUAAUUAGAAAAAGCGCCUCUUUCAUAAUUUGCCAUGCAAUCACAUUGGUGCUAUAUUUUUGAAGAAAAUUCUGAAAGUUAUUUACGUCCCAAAAUGUCAAUAUGUAUUGUCCAGAUUUGGUCUGAACUUGGAAAUAAAAACUGCGAAAUAAAUUUGGAAGAGAAAAUUGUUUCGCAUCCCCUUUUUUACAUCCCCAUUUAAUUUUUAAGAGUCAAAAUGAAUCUUUAGUUAUACGCAACUUAUACAUUGAAAUUCAAAAUGGCUUAUCAGAACGCGUCGAAAUGAACAUACAUUUUCUCGCCAUUAUUAUCUCAAAAGUACAAAAAGACCAUUUUGUCAUUUCAAAUUUCGCAAUUGCUUUGCACUUUGGAGAGGACUUAUAUAUGUUUAUCAACCAAUGUGGGAAUAUAAUAAAGCAUAGAAGGCUGUAUGAGUGUGUGUUUAUGUGUGAGAGAGCGAGUUAUUUUUCAGAAUGUAUAAAUGUUGAACAGUUGAGUUCGUGAUUAUUGAUAAUUUAAUUGAUAUACUAUAUUAUUGUAUUUAAUAUCGCCCUUUGUAAAUUUGUACAAUCUGUUGCCGUAUAACAUUGUAAUCAGGAACAUGAGUCAGCUUAAACAAAUUGAACUGACUGUAUGUAUACUAUGGACAAUUAAUAUUUGAAAUUUGAUAAAACUCAACUUGCUACAUGUAUGCUUUCUAAAUCGUUGGAUACGCAUCUCAUUUUAAUCUAGGAAAACAAUCAAAUUAUAGAAAUUGAUAAUUAGGAAUAAAUGUAAAACUGUUUCCGAAGUCGUCCGUUAACCUGGAAAAAUAUUUUUUAAAACUAUAUUUAUAAGCAGUGUGCAGAGGCACGGUAGUAUGUCCUGGCCCAUAAGGGAUUAUGAUAGCCUUUUUAGAAUUUUAACCACUUUCACUGCAAAAACUUCUAGAAGAAGUACUUUCAUUUUACUAUUGAAAAAUGAAUUUGAAUGUGUAUCUUGCCCGUUUACUUUUUUUUGCUAUUUUUAAAAACCUUAGACCUGCAGUGCUUUUAGGUCUUUUAUCAUGCAGUGAAUACACAAUUUAAAAAAAUUCUAAAAAAAAUCAUUUUCAUAAGUUUGUUAAAUUGUUUUAUAUUUUUCUACACCUGAUUCAUCCCUCAGUUUGGGAAAGUGUGUUCAGGUGAUUCUGUAUUGUUUGUCCAAUGACACUGUUCAGAUACAUUGACUUAGGUAGGGCAUUCGUCUCAACUCGGCCGAUUCCGUACCCUCAUCUAACAAAGGAGAGUAGCGGAUUCUACCGAGGAUUGCCGAAUGUUAGGUAGGGUACACAAAA